AUGGCUGCUAUUACCCCCAGACAGAAGGUAGUUGUGGUGGGAGCGGGGCCAGUUGGGUCCCUCGCGGCGCUGUACGCGGCUUCCCGCGGCGACGAGGUGGAGGUAUAUGAACUGCGCGGAGAUCUCCGUGACCCGACUACUGUGCCAUUGAACUUCACCAAGUCGAUCAAUUUGGCUAUCUCAGAGCGCGGUAUCAACUCCAUCAGAGAAGCGCACCGGAGUGGACUGAUCGACGAUGUCCUCCGCCAUACGAUCCCCAUGUAUGGGCGGAUGAUUCACGGCCGAGACAACGGGGCCCUGUGGGAAGCCGCUCAAGCCUAUGACGUUCAUGGCCGGGCCAUCAACGCCGUUGACCGAGGCGCAUUGAACAAUGCCCUCCUUGACGAGCUAGAGCGUACACCAAAUGUCAAGCUUUUCUUCAACCACAAACUAACAGGCGCGGAUUUCACCACAAAUAAAGCCUGGUUUGAGCGCCGUAUCCCAGGCGAUACACCUCAAGCCGAUGAUCUGGGCAUCGCAGGCCGAGUCCCCGAGAUCGAGGUAUCAUUCGACUGCCUUAUCGGGGCAGACGGCGCCCACUCCGCCACUCGCUUCCAUAUGAUGAAGUUCGCCCGCGUCGAUUACCAACAGGAAUACAUCGACACGCUCUGGUGCGAAUUCCGCAUCCCGCCCAAGGAUGGGGACUUUGCUAUCUCCCCCAACCACCUGCACAUCUGGCCAGGUCGUGAAUUCAUGUUUAUCGCCAUUCCUUCUGCCGACAAAUCGUUCACAUGCACCCUCUUCGCACCCUCGGCCCAUUACGCCACACUUCAUGACUCCCCACAGGCUCUUCAAGCUUCCUUCGAUGAACAUUUCCCCGGAGUCUGCCCCGAGCUAAUCGAACCCCAAGCCCUGGUGGAGCAAUUUGCGGUCAAUCCCCACCUACCGCUGAUCAGCAUAAAAUGCAAACCGCACCACUACAGCUCUAGCGUUGCGAUCAUCGGCGACGCAGCACAUGCUGUCCUCCCAUUCUACGGCCAAGGCCUGAACGCCGGAAUGGAAGAUGUGCGUGUACUCUUCGAACAGCUGGACAAGCAUGGCGUCUACGACUCAGAUACAAGCGUUUACACCCGUAGUGUGCGCCGACAAGCUGCAUUCCAGGCGUACACGAACCAGCGAUGCGCCGAUACACAUGCUAUUAACGACCUCUCGAAGGAGAAUUAUCUUGAAAUGCGCUGGGGUGUCAAGUCGCCGCUGUAUAAGUUGCGGAAAUCUAUCGAAGAGACUAUUGACCGGCGGUUGCCUUUCUUGGGGUGGAAGACACAGUAUGCGCGAGUCAGCUUUAGCAACCAGCGAUACUCGGAGGUUGUGGAGGCUGUACAGAGACAAAGUCAGAUGCUGGGGCUGGGUCUCAGCUCAGCUUUGGUUGUUGGCGUGGGCGCCUUGGCUAUGCUGAUCUGGAGGUAUCCGCGAGAAGUCUCGCCCGUGGGCUUCGUGCGCUGUGGUUUGAGACAGCUGGCGAGAUUCUGGAGAGGGUUCGUCCACAGAUGA